AAAACUCCACUAAGUCCACAAGCUGGCAUUGGAGAGGGGGACGGCGGUCAUGUGGUCCUGGCCGCCCUACCCUCUGUCACAGUGCGGAUGAGAGCUUUUUGCUCUUAUCCAAUCAUGCCUGGAAUGCCGCUUGCCACUUGGGUUAUUUCUGCUAUCUGUCGCUGUCGGUGCCGCAGUGCUAAAGGUUUGGCAGAUGGGACGCUUUUCCUUGGAGUCUGCGUCUCCGCGUUUUGACUUCUGGCAGUGCCGGGCGGGCUGUCGCCGCUCGCCCUCUCCCUCCCUGCCCCCCUGGGCACCAUGGCCCAUCGGCUUCGGUUUCAUUUUGGCUCCGGCCGCAGCAACACGGCCCCCGAGUCGGAGAUCCUCGACCAGGAGAGAGAAGACGACUUUUUCAUGGCAUUCCACACCCUGCCGCGGAGGGGCGGCCCUCACCUCUUCGCCCCCCGCGCGGCGGAGGACGGCGGCGGCGGCGGCGGCGGCCUGCCGGAGGCGGUGGGCGCGCUCAAGCGCAGCUCGUCCAUGUUCAUCCCGCAGCUGCUGAGCCCCGUGGACGCGAGGCCCACCCGGAGCUCCUCCGUGCAGAUCUCGCUGCAGCGCAAAGCGGCGGACGGGGCCCCGGACGCGUGCGGGCCGCCCGAGGGCCUGGACGGCGAUGCGGGGUCCGUGUCUCUGGGCCGCUGCCCGGAGCCUCCAGAGCCCCAGACCCCCGAGAGCUCCCCUCCCAGGACCACCAGGAAUGCGGGCCCCUUAGUCAACGGCACUUGUGGCCGCCGAAUACGGGGCCCUGUCGCUGCCGAUGGCCGUGAAGAGGCCGAGCCUUCGGCCACCCAGGGACCCGAAGGUGGUGGGCUCCGGAUCCAGCACCGAGCCUCCAGCGCCGACGUGCGCCAGGUGAGGCUGAUGCCCUUCGGGGCCGACGGCCAGGGUAGCCCUUCAGCUCCAGAGCCCAGGCGCUGGUCCCUACAGCACGUUCCAGAUGCUUCUGGAAGUUCUGGGAAGAGGUGCUUUGUCUUCCAGCUGCAGCAGCCACCACCGGGCAUGUCAGGUUCGGGUGGUGAUUUCAACUUUGGGUUCACCGGCACCAAGGGGGACAGGUUGGUGCGGUACCCCCGAAUCCGGCUGGAAAGGAGCACCUCGUACCCCACACAGCCCCGCACAGAGCGCAGCAGCCCCACGGAGGAGCGGGGCCACCAGGGACACCCAGAGACGCCACCCCGGGGCCGCAGGGUGGCCCCUGAAAUCCACAGGGCGAACUCCGUGGAAAGGACUCCGCAGGGUCAGGGCUGCACGUUUAAGAUCAGGCAAGAUCAGAAUGCGGGACAGCAGCAUUUCAGAAUUCUGGUGACUCGGGGACCGGAGGAGUCUCCCCAGGCUCCACAGGAGAGUAACCCCACCAGCCCAGCUUCCCCCGUGGCCGGGGCGCCGACACGAGACGACUUCCUGGGACAGGUGGACGUGCCCCUUAAUCAUCUCCCGACAGAAGACCCAACCAUGGAGCGACCCUACACGUUUAAGGACUUUCUCCUCAGACCGAGAAGUCAUAAAUCUCGAGUGAAGGGGUUCUUGCGGUUGAAAAUGGCCUACAUGCCGAAAAACGGGGGUCAAGACGAAGAGAACGGCGAGCAGCGGGGCGACGCGGAGCACGGGUGGGAAGUUGUGGACACGAAUGACUCGGCUUCUCAGCACCAGGAGGAGCUUCCUCCACCUCCUCUGCCCCCGGGCUGGGAAGAAAAAGUGGACAACUUAGGUCGGACCUACUACGUCAACCACAACAACCGGACCACGCAGUGGCACCGACCCAGCUUAAUGGACGCGUCCUCCGAGGCGGACAGCAACAUCCGGCAGAUCAACCAGGAGGCAGCGCACCGGCGCUUCCGCUCCCGCAGGCACAUCAGCGAGGACUUGGAGCCCGAGCAGUCGGAGGGCGGAGACAACGAGCCUUGGGAGACCAUUUCGGAAGAAAUGACUGUCACCGGAGACUCCCUCAGUCUGGCGCUGCCCCCGCCCCCCUCCUCCCCAGGCUCUCGGACCAGCCCUCAAGAGCUGUCCGAGGAACUGAGCAGGAGACUUCAGAUCACUCCGGACUCCAACGGGGAGCAGUUUGGCUCUUUGAUUAGGGAACCCUCCUCGAGGCUGAGGUCGUGCAGUGUCACCGAGGUGGUCGCGGAGCAGGCUCACCUACCACCGCCCAGUGCCCCAGCUAGGAGAGCGCGUGCAUCCACGGUCACAGGUGGUGAGGAGUCAACGCCAUCAGUGGCCUAUGUACACACCACGCCGGGCCUGCCUUCGGGCUGGGAGGAGAGGAAAGAUGCUAAGGGACGCACAUACUAUGUCAAUCAUAACAAUCGAACCACAACCUGGACGCGGCCCAUCAUGCAGCUCGCAGAAGAUGGUGCCUCUGGAUCCGCCAACAGUAACAACCACCUAAUCGAGCCUCAGAUCCGCCGGCCUCGUAGCCUCAGUUCGCCAACAGUAACUCUAUCUGCCCCACUGGAGGGUGCCAAGGACUCUCCCAUACGCCGGGCUGUGAAAGAUACCCUUUCCAAUCCACAGUCCCCACAGCCAUCUCCUUACAACUCCCCCAAACCACAACACAAAGUCACACAGAGCUUCCUGCCCCCCGGCUGGGAGAUGAGGAUCGCGCCCAACGGCCGGCCCUUCUUCAUUGACCAUAACACAAAGACUACGACAUGGGAAGAUCCACGCCUGAAAUUUCCAGUACACAUGCGGUCAAAGGCACCUUUAAACCCCAAUGACCUUGGCCCUCUUCCUCCUGGCUGGGAAGAAAGAAUUCACGUGGAUGGCCGCACGUUUUACAUUGACCACAAUAGCAAAAUAACUCAGUGGGAAGACCCAAGAUUGCAGAACCCAGCUAUCACCGGCCCGAAGGCGGUUCCUUACUCCAGAGAAUUUAAGCAGAAAUAUGACUACUUUAGGAAGAAAUUAAAGAAACCUGCUGAUAUUCCAAAUAGGUUUGAAAUGAAACUGCACAGAAACAACAUUUUCGAAGAAUCCUAUCGGAGAAUCAUGUCCGUGAAGAGGCCGGACGUCCUCAAAGCUCGACUGUGGAUUGAGUUCGAAUCGGAGAAAGGCCUGGACUACGGGGGUGUGGCCAGAGAGUGGUUCUUCUUACUGUCCAAAGAGAUGUUCAACCCCUACUAUGGUCUCUUCGAGUACUCUGCCACGGACAACUACACCCUUCAGAUCAACCCCAAUUCGGGCCUCUGUAACGAAGACCAUCUGUCCUACUUCACUUUUAUUGGAAGAGUUGCUGGUCUGGCGGUGUUUCACGGGAAGCUUUUAGAUGGGUUCUUCAUUAGGCCGUUUUACAAAAUGAUGCUGGGAAAGCAGAUAACCCUGAACGACAUGGAAUCUGUGGACAGUGAAUAUUACAAUUCCUUGAAGUGGAUCCUGGAAAACGAUCCCACUGAACUGGACCUCAUGUUCUGCAUUGACGAAGAAAACUUCGGACAGACGUAUCAAGUGGAUCUGAAGCCCAACGGGUCCGAAAUCAUGGUCACCAAUGAAAACAAGCGGGAGUAUAUCGACUUAGUCAUCCAGUGGAGGUUCGUGAACAGGGUCCAGAAGCAAAUGAACGCCUUCUUGGAGGGAUUCACAGAACUGCUGCCUAUUGAUUUGAUUAAAAUUUUUGAUGAAAACGAGCUGGAGUUGCUGAUGUGCGGCCUCGGCGACGUGGACGUGAACGACUGGAGACAGCACACCAUCUACAAGAAUGGCUACUGCCCAAACCAUCCUGUCAUCCAGUGGUUCUGGAAGGCCGUGCUGCUGAUGGACGCCGAGAAGCGCAUCCGGUUGCUGCAGUUCGUCACGGGGACGUCCCGGGUGCCUAUGAACGGAUUUGCUGAACUGUAUGGUUCCAACGGUCCUCAGCUGUUUACAAUAGAGCAAUGGGGGAGCCCCGACAAACUGCCCAGAGCUCACACGUGCUUCAAUCGCCUUGACUUACCUCCCUACGAAACCUUCGAAGAUUUACGAGAGAAACUUCUCAUGGCCGUGGAAAAUGCGCAAGGAUUCGAGGGGGUGGAUUAAGCGCCCCCCGCGCCGGGUGGUGGUCCGUCGAGCAAGCCCCGCUUGCACCUUCACAUCUCCCGCCCAGGCUUUGGGGACGACGGCCGAGAGCGUCGUGCAGCGGGCUCCCUCCCGGAGCAGAGCCUUCGCCCGCGACUUGCCCACGCCCGGACGUGGGAACCCAGGCCCACGUCCCGUUUCUGCAUUUUCCACCGCCAAUUAUCAACCGGUUGACGUGUACACUAAUUACAUUUCAGGAGGACUUAACUCUAUUUAUGUUGUGCCUCUGUAGGCAGAGCCCUUAAUAAACAUUUUACAUACUUUAUAAUGACCAUGAACGGAAUCAGUCACUCGGCAGGUAUAGUAUUACAACUCAUGUUUACUUUUUGGAAAUGAUUUAGACCGAUUUUCCGAUUUCAUUUCACUGCAAUUAAAGAUGUGUCCUGUACUUGGGAAAGUGAGCUUUUUUUUUUUUUUUUUUUGUAUUUGAAUUUCAUACCAGGUUUAAUGUCCGUGACAUUUUUAUUUUUGAAGGACUUUGACAUCCCCUACCCCUCAACUUUAUCAGACUUGGAAGACCGAUUUUUGUCCAAAACCCGUCUUACAGACUUUGAGCGCGUUUAAAAUAUAACAUUAGGGAUAAUGAUAAUUUUUUUCCAUACUCAGAAUGACAACAAACUGGAUAUUAGGGUGUGGUUUUCUUUUUGUACAAAUUUAGCAUCAUAGCUGUAGGCUGGGAGCAUUGUACCGCAGCCUGACAAUUUCAUGGUGACAUGAAGGAACCACACUGUUACUCCUUGGAAGUCCUUACGUGUGCUCCCGCGCAUGUGAGACAGGGCCGGGCGACCAUGUCUCACCAGAGAGAUUUCUUAACCCUCCCCGAUGCUGUACAGUCCUUCAUUUACUAUAUUUUCCUCUUUGCUGUUUGUAGUAGAGACCUUUAUUUGAACGGAACUCGGCACUGCUUGAUUUGAAACUGUGGAAACCAGAUCUGUUUAGCCUCCUGUUUGUCCGCCUUCCCUGAUGGUAGUUCAGUAACCCGUGUACGUUCCUGCCGCACCAGUUCCCGGGGCUCUUUAUGUACGACCUGGAGGUCACGCCGGGUUCGGCUUGUGUUUUCUCUUACCCUGGACAGUGAAUGUGACGAUUAUUCCCCCCCCUGCACACAUUUUUCCGGGGCAACAUCUGGCUGCUGGUGUACGAAAUCUGGCUGAACGCUCAGCCAAUGGACCUGUCCUCACCGACCGUUUCGCGAUUUCUGCUCGAAGAUGCAUUUGAGGUGCACUUGAUCUGUCCGCUUUGCUCCCUGGGACGAGCUGCCUGCUUCCUUCCUCGCCAAGUGCUGUCCCAUCCUGUCCGCCCUGUGCUAGUGGAAACCGAGUGGGGAGGCUUGGUCUGAGCCUCCGUGCUCAGGCUGUUCCGCAGGGUAGGGGCGGGGGAGUUUGGCCACACAGCUUGAUUUCCUGCAGAAUUCUGUGUGUUGUGAGAGAUCAGGCUCAGCCCUGCUGUCCUUGUUAACCUGUGUUGUCCCAGCCCCUGUCCUGGCAGUCAGGGGACACUAGAGAUUUGAGCUCUUGCCAGUCAGGAAUAAGACAAAAAAAACGGUGGUUUUAGGGCCUCCACGUGUUAUGGAAGAAGGACCUUUUGGUGGGAGGAAUUCCGUUUUGAUGGCUGGGGAGAAGCUGGGAGUGUUCGUAGCUGUAAACGAGUUAUCUGAGGUCUGCAGUGCGUAGAGCAAGGUGGCUUUCUGCCGAGCUGAGUGCGGGCUCCCUUUGCAUAUGGAUUUUAAAAUACCAAAUAGUGAACAGAAAGCACAGAUGCUGAGAAGUUAAAAAAAAAAGUGUCACUCAUCGUUUUUAUCUGUUGGUGGGAAUGUUUUUUCUCCUCCGGCCAAUAUAACAAAUGUCUCACUGCUCCCCCCGCCCCCCCAAAAAAAACACCUCUGCGGCCCCUCCUAGUUCAGAAUCAACCUCUGUAACGCCCAGGGGCAGCCUGCAGCGUGGGUUCCGGGACGGAUCAUGCGAGACUGUAGGGGAAGUCCAGCGAUGCUGCUGUAGGGACUGGGGCUCCUCUGUCAUUUUUAAACUGUGUAUUCCAAAUCAGAAUGGUUGUUAAAUGCAAGCUCGACAAAGUAUUGAAACUAUGAAAGAAAAAAUCAUUCUAAGAUCGUUUCUGCGCCAGGAAGAGAAUUACCGACACGUCACCCCUGGGGACACUUGAAAGGCAGUGAUUGCGAACAACAGCUCGGUCCCCCUGCUCCCUAAUGCCUGGUCUCAGUAACCGCCACAUAGUGAGUGCUGGGUUUGGGGUUCCCUUUUGUUUGCUUUCAACCCGAAUGAGGGCCCCUUGUUCUCAGCGAUUCUCAGUGUUUCCCUCGUUGUUGAAAUAGUCACACCCACGCUCCAUCAUUUCAAGACACAGCGACAGAUGGCAGUAAAGAAAAUGUGCCGUUGAACGGGGGAAUGACGGGUCUUUCCUGGACUCCCCACCCGCGCUGGUCAGCAGGCCCGGUGUGCAAGGCAGCCCGCCCCGCCCAUUCGAGUCGUCCUCAGCAGUGAUGCCACUCUGAAGCCCAGGGUCUCUACCGCCUCUGUUUCUUUAGAAAUCACUUUCAUCCAGGUUUGGUUUUGGUGUUCUGAGCUCCUAGAAGAAGGUCUAGUUACGGGCCAGUUUUCCAUGAGGUUGGGAAGUGAGUUCUGGAGUUCAUUUACGUCCUGCAUGUUGAAAGUCUUCAACCCUCCCCACCAUCCGUGUCGGCCCUGGAUGUUUCUCUUCCUGCCUCUCGUGGCCUGCAGAGCACGUUGGACAGUCUGCCGUGGGAGGACCAGCUUCUGAUGGGGCGCUGCCGUGCCGCCUGCUGCCAUGGGAACAGGAAACGGGGGCAUCUGUCCGCUGGAAAGUUACAUUCAGCUUCAGUGCCCUCGUCUCUUUCUCCCAAAACAUUUCCCCGUAUUGACCUCCCUGGAGCCAGGCCUCUACCCAAUCAGGAUGUAAGAUGAUUCUUUGAUUGCUGUUGCCAGGGCGCUUUGGCAGCUGACACUAGGUACGGCCUGAGGUCGGGGGCCAGUGCUAGACUGGGUUACUCCUCCCCGUGAGGGAAUGGACAGAUUCCGAGAAACGGUUUGCAAAACAUUGGAAACACUUUGUACUUUUCACAUGGUUAAAAUAGACAUGUACCGUUGCUGUUUGCUCGUGCCAGAUCCAGAUUGCCUCCCUUGAAAGCCAAGUUCAUACACAGCAAAUUACUGGUUGUUCUAACAGUUCCUAACUGAAAAACACUCGACUAGUACUUUCCUAAGUUUUGUCUCUCACCUCUGAAAUUUUAAACUCUCUGAAAAAGUCUGCAUUAAUCAAUUCUCCAUCUCCUACCUGCUGUGCUCGCUGUGCUUGCUUUGCCUGUUCCCUCCUCGCCCUGAGUCUGCCACCCCUGUACUCACAGGGAGUGGAGGGGACGUGCUGUCCGGUGUCGUUUUCUGCCUUGCCAGUAGGGGGUGCUGCUGUGCAAGGGUAACUGCCUGGUCUACUCCCUCCCUGACCCCCAGGAGAUCACUACCUCUGUCUCAUUCAGGCUUUGGGGUACUUCCUGACAAGUCAAAACUGCCAGUUUCAGGUCUGAGAUGUGUUUUUAAAAAUCCUUAUAAACUCCACUUUGUACUUUAGAUUUUAAAACUGGGGAGAAAUGUGAUAUACUUUGGACCACUUGUUUUUUAAUUUAUCUAAGCCUUAAUGAACUGUGUACAUACACUUGCAUACAUGCACACACACCAGAGCGUUUCCAGUGUGUCGGAGAAACUGCCGUAGCAUUAGGAUGUGAGCUUGUGCAGUGUCUUCUAGAGAAGGAGAGCUUUCUGUCUGUGUGGUCGUUCGCAGGGAACCCUCUUGUUAGACUUCGCUCCUCCGUUAAAGGUGUUACGCCCAAAGCAAUGCAUGUUUCAAGCGCUUGUCUUUCUGUCGGUUCGUCUGUGUGCAAGGAGUAACGAUAGGAAUCUAAUGACAUUGGCCGCAGCCCUCUGUGCACUGCACUCUCCACCUUGUAUCGAUGCAUCGAACGCCUUUCGCGUGACCGUGACCCUGUGUCCGCAGAUACCUGUGUUCCUGUAGAAGCCGGUCGGCAGCUCCUACUGAGACUGAUUUCGCCCAGAUUGUCAUGGGUUCCUUCGUGUAAAAACUAGCAUAAUAACCUUGUUCUUUCUCUACUACUAUGUAUGUAAACAACACAUAUACGUACACAUGCUGUCCAAAUAUAUAUGUAUAUAUUUGUAUAGCAUUUUUACACCUUUCUCGAGCAAUCUGGUUUCGAAAGGGAGUGAGAGCUUCGUCCCUUCCAGUUUUCUCCGAGCCGUACCCUGAGAAUCCUGACCCUCGGAGCCUGAGGGAACCCCCGGAAGAUGGUGUUAAUAUGCUGUCGUUUCUUAAUUCAGGAUCGUUGAUCAAGUGAAACAUGGAAAAACACAGUGACUUUAAGGUGAAAAGAGUUUCAAGCAUUCCAAAUGAAUUCUCGAUGUUUCAUAAUUUUUUCUUAUAAACCCACCUCCUAAUACAAAGCCAAGUACUAUUUGAUACAGUGGUUAAAAACCAAACUACUUUGAAUUUUUUUAAAGAUUCACCUAUGGACAAUGCUCAUUUUCUCAAACAGAGUAACUUUAACAUACGGUGGAAUUUGAUACACACAGGAACAGUUUUGUUUAAGAACAACAUCCUUGUGGCUUUUCAUUUUUCUGGAGAGAGCUAAGGAGAAAUUGUAGUUUGUUUUCCUGACAGCAAAAGAGUCACGUGAAAAAAUGAAGUCAAUUGUAAAGAAGUGAUGCGACUUGUCAAAUAUUUAAUAAAGAAUUAUGGAAGCUGGCGCAUUUCUA